AUGUUGGGUUUCCGGGACCAGGACCCCGAUCUGACCACAGAGGAGUCCUACGCUCCGACGGCUGCCCGGACGGCUCGCCAGGUGUUCUUGCAGAAGGCGGCACACUUCAAGAUGCGAGAGCUGGAAAGGGACCUGUUCGCGCGGCCGACAGGCGAGAUCGCCAAGAUGCUGGGAUUGAAGCCAGAACAGGCGGCCAUCCUGAAGAAGCCGGCCUACGGCCUCGUGCAAGCCCUGCGGGCGCGGCACAAGGCCGUCAACCGGAGGCUGCAGGACUUUGGCUGGAGGCACCUGGAGCCCGACCCAUGUGUACGGAUUCUGGCCAGGACCACUGAUGCUGGUGCGCCAGACCAAAUAGUCGCCAUGGCCCUCUUCCACGUUGGUGAUUUCCUGUUCGCGGGUCGCGUGUCGGAUGAGAUUUGGCGGAAGGCGAGACAACAGGUGAUAGAGGCGUUCAGGUGGACCGAGUGGGACUAUGAUGCCUUCACCCAGCGUGGCGUGGACAUCACCCAGCGGGCGGACAUCGGUUCCACCCUGAGCCAGGCAGCCUACGCCGAGCACGCCAGGGAGCCCGCAGUGGAAAAAGGUACUCAGACGGGCCAAGACAUCCUGGCCGAGCUGAGCUCGCUGCAAAGCAAGACGGAAUCGUGCACGGUCGAGGACCUAGUCAAGGUCAACAAGCGGAUCAAACGCUCGAAAGAGACGAUAGAACGCGUGCUGGAGAUCUUCCCGUUCUCCAAGCCCGACCUGGCCGCGGUCGGCUGGGGCGACGCCGCGUUCGGCGACCGGGCGGACGGCAAGUUUACCGUAACGACGGGUACUCGGGAUUGUGCCCAUGAGUUUGUUGACAAGUGGAGAAACGGGUGUCUUUGA